AUGGGCUCCCCCGAUGAGCAGGCUGCUCUGAGCCUGCUGGACCACUGCUCCUGUGGCUUCAUGGUCUCCCAGGUUCUCUUUGCUGCCUGCGAGCUGGGGGUGUUUGAUGUCCUCGCUGAGGCCCCGGAGCUCCUGGGCUCGGACACAGUGGCCACCCGUCUGGGCGCCAGCUCCCGGGGGACAGAGCUCCUGCUGGACGCCUGCGUGUCCCUGAAGCUCCUUCAGGUGGAAAUGAGAGGAGGAAAAGCCUUAUACAAAAACACAGAGCUCUCCAGCACCUACCUGGUGAGGUCCAGCCCCAGGUCGCAGCACAACAUGCUGCUGUACUUGUCCCGGACGACAUACCUGUGCUGGGCGCACCUGGCCCAGGCCGUGAGAGAGGGGAGGAACCAGUACCACAAGGCCUUUGGGGUUCCCUCGGACGAGCUCUUCAGUGCCAUCUACAGGUCCGAGGACGAGCAGCUGCAGUUCAUGCGAGCCCUGCAGGACAUCUGGAGCGUCCAGGGGAGAAGCGUCAUGGCCGCCUUCGACCUGUCCCCCUUCCCCCUCAUCUGUGACCUCGGGGGCUGCUCCGGGGCGCUGGCCAAGGAGUGCGUGUCUCUGUACCCCGGCUGUCAGGUGACCGUCUUCGACAUCCCGGCAGUGGUGCGGACGGCGAGGAAGCACUUCCCGCUCCUGCAGGAAGGACGCAUCGCCUUCCAGGAAGGAGAUUUCUUCAGAGACCCCCUUCCCGACGCAGACCUGUACAUCCUGGCCAGGGUCCUGCACGACUGGGCCGACGAGAAGUGCACGAGGCUGCUGGCCAGAGUCCAUCGGGUCUGCAAGCCGGGAGGUGGCGUCCUGGUCGUCGAGAGCCUGCUGGACGCAGACGGCCGGGGCCCGCUGACCACGCAGCUGUACUCGCUGAACAUGCUGGCGCAGACGGAGGGCCGGGAGCGGACCCCCGCCCAGUACCGCGCACUGCUGGCGGCCGCCGGCUUCCAGGGCGUCCAGUGCCGUGCGACCUGGGGCCUCUACGGCGCCAUCCUGGCCAGGAAGUGA